AGAGAGGAGCCUCCCUUCCCGUUCGGCCUGUUCGAGCCAGCCGCGCGAUUCCUUCGACUGGACGUUAACCAGCCGCUAUCCAGUUCCACCACGGCCGAGAUACUCUGGGAAAGUGUCGGUUAAAGUGCUCAUUCACGUGACUCUGCUCCCCGGCUACAUCGCCCGCUACGAAAAAUGGCAUCUGGAGUGACAGUCGCGGACGUUUGCAAGACAACGUACGAGGAGAUAAAGAAAGACAAAAAGCACCGAUAUGUGAUUUUCUACAUCAAAGAUGAAAGACAGAUAGAUGUCGAAGUCAUUGGACCCCGCGACGCGGCUUACGACGCCUUCCUCGAGGAUUUGCAGAAGGGCGGCAGUGGGGAAUGCCGUUAUGGCCUGUUUGACUUUGAAUAUACCCAUCAAUGUCAGGGUACUUCCGAGGCAUCCAAGAAACAGAAAUUGUUCUUGAUGUCGUGGUGUCCCGACACGGCCAAGGUUAAGAAGAAGAUGUUGUACUCGAGUUCCUUUGAUGCUUUGAAAAAGUCGCUGGUUGGUGUGCAAAAGUAUAUACAGGCGACAGACUUGUCGGAGGCCUCCCAGGAGGCUGUCGAGGAGAAACUUCGAGCUACUGACAGGAAUUAGGAGUAUUCCAGCAAAUCCCAAAACCACUAUUACGAGAUAAGAAAAAAGAAAA